CAAUCCCGGCAAUAACACAGAGUGGAGCUCAGAGAAGUGCUGUGAAAUGAGGAGCUGUGUUCUGGGCCUGUGUUUGGUGGUUUUGUUCUUCCACUUUCUGGCAGGAUGCAAUGGCAGGAAUGAGGAGGAACGUCUCAUCAACCACCUGUUUAAAGAACGUGGCUACAACAAGGAACUGCGCCCGGUGCAAAGCAAAGAUGAGACCGUAACCAUUUAUCUGGCACUGACGCUCUCCAACCUCAUCUCUCUUAACGAAGCUGAUGAAACUUUGCUGACAAAUGUGUGGAUGGAUCACGGCUGGACUGACUACAGACUUGCAUGGAAUUCGUCCGAGUUUGACGAUAUUGACAUCCUACGUCUCCCAUCUAGUAUGGUGUGGCUUCCAGAGAUUGUUUUGGAGAACAACAACGAUGCCCAGUUCCAAGUGGCCUACUACUGCAAUGUGUUGGUGUACCCUGACGGAUUUGUGUACUGGCUGCCUCCAGCUAUCUUCCGUAGCUCUUGCUCCAUCAAUGUCAACUACUUUCCUUUCGACUGGCAGAACUGUACCCUGAAGUUCAGCUCAUUAACAUACAAUGCCAAGGAGAUCAGCCUACAUUUGAAAGAAGAGAAGGAUUCAGACACAGAGAAGUACUACAAGGUGGAAUGGAUCAUCAUUGACCCCGAAGGAUUCACUGAAAAUGGAGAAUGGGAGAUCAUUCACAGGCCUGCCAGGAGAAACACUUACAAGAACAUCCCCAUGGACAGCAACAAGCACCAGGACAUCACUUUCUACCUCAUCAUCAAGCGCAAGCCUCUGUUUUACAUCGUUAACAUCAUCAUCCCCUGUGUGCUCAUUUCCUUUAUGGCCUCUUUGGUGUAUUACCUGCCUGCUGACAGUGGUGAGAAAAUGACCUUGUCCAUCUCUGUGCUCUUGGCCCAGUCUGUCUUCCUGCUCCUGAUCUCACAACGUUUACCUGAGACCUCCAUGGCAGUACCUUUAAUCGUCAAGUAUCUUAUGUUCAUCAUGGUCCUGGUCACCGUGGUGGUGCUGAAUUGUGUGAUUGUGCUGAACCUCCACUUCCGGACCCCCAGCACACAUGUCAUGACUCACUGGACCAAGGAGUUGUUCCUUGAGAGAUUGCCUCGUCUGUUGCACAUGUCCCGUCCGGCUGAGAGUGAGCCCAGUUGGGAGGGGGCUCUGCCGCGGCGCUCCAGCUCCGUGGGUUACAUUGCCAAGGCCGAGGAAUACUAUAGUCUCAAGUCUCGGAGUGAGCUGAUGUUUGAGAAGCAGUCUGAAAGACAUGGCCUGGCAACCCGUCCGACACCCACUGCAGCGUACAAGCCCAGCAAUGACAAUGAAGUGAAUGAACAGUUGUACGGUGAGAUGAAGCCAGCUGUGGAGGGAGCCAACUACAUUGUCACGCACAUGCAUAACAAGAAUGACUAUAAUGAGGAAAAGGACAACUGGAGUGGGAUUGCCAGGACAGUGGACCGCCUCUGUUUCUACAUAGUGACUCCCAUUAUGACACUUGGAACCAUCUGCAUAUUCUUGAUGGGCAUCUACAACCACCCUCCUCCACUGCCCUUCGAGGGAGACCCCUUCACCUACACAGAGGCAGACAGACGCUAUGCAUGAUUCUGUUGCUUCUUAUGACUAGUGCAGCUCCAAGCAUAUCAUAAAGCAUUGAACCUGGUUUCUUUAUUUACAUUUUUCUCUGCAUGUAUACUUGCAGGUUUGCAUGAGUGAAUUUCAGUGUGGUUUGAUACAGAUGUAUGUGUAUAUUGACUGUUUACACCAAAUAAACUUUCCUGGAAGUUGC